AUGCGAGCAAAUUCUAUUUCGAUUGAACAAGAAAACCAACUUAAAGAAGCUUUUGCUUUAUUUGAUCGGAUUGGUGGCGGUGUUAUUCGCACAAAAGAUCUGGCGUAUGUUAUUCAUUCAAUUGGUUAUCAAACAACUCCUGCUGAAUUAGAACAAAUGAUACGAGAAGUUGAUCAAGAUGGUAAUGGUCUUAUAGAUUUUGAUGAAUUUAAAUUAAUGAUGAGUCAUAAAGGUGAAAGCAAAUUAGAAAUAUUUAAUGAUGAACUUCUUAAUGAAGCAUUUCGUAUCUUUGAUAAGGAUGGAAAUGGUUUUAUUAGUGAAAUAGAACUUCGUUCUGUGAUGAAGACUCUUGAUGGUAAUCGUCAAGUAGAUUAUGCAGAAUUUUCUGCACUGGUUCGUCGUCUUUUGCAAAUACAAAAUCUUUCAACAAAUUUAAAUUUAGCCAAUAGCUCAGGAGCAUAUGAAGGUCGAGGAAUAAUUCCAUAUAUAGAUGAUGAUCUUGAAGAAGAUUUGGAUGAUCAAUUUGUUAAUAAUGAUGGGAUAUAA